GGAUGGUGUUAUUAAUGCCUUCAACAAAUAGGCCCUAUGUUGCUGAAAAAAGCCUAAGAUGGUUUAUUGGUCGUAAAUUUGGACUCCAAGCUGUUGUUCAGCUGAUCUCAGGUGCCCCAAACCUUUGUCAAACCAGACCAACAAACUUAGCUUCGGUUUUGGUUAAAGGGUUUCCCCCCAGAGUAGGGUAGAUUAUAAUUUAAGAGUUUAAAAUGCUAACUAGUUUCUUUCUUAUGUGUGCACCCGUGUAGGUGUGAGAAACAUCGUCCCUACCCCCCAGUUAACCGCUUUCUGAGCAUCUCAAAUAAAGGAGGCAGGACUAUCAGGUCACAUUUGCAUGUGUAAGCGAGUGCUUAUCCUCUCCAAACACAAACAAUGGGGAAGUCGUUAAAGAAACCGUCUGUCCCAGCAAAAAAAAAAAAAAAACCUCCUUAAACCCGUCAUUUGUCACGUUGUUUCGACCAAAGCCUCCUAUCUGUCUCAUCUGAGUGACUGUGCUCAAGGCGGCUGAUCUGUCCUUGAGCAGGUGACAGACAUGGGGCUCUGCUUUUUAACGCAUCAGAUCGAUGCCUUAAACAUCCUUCAUGAACUGCGAGCUCACGCGACCACCAGUAAUGCAGAUGGCGAAGCCCAGUGUUCAGAUGCUUUAGCGGCCGGUAAAGUAGCUGUUCGCCCGGGAGAUUUCAUGAAGCAGCCCCGCAGGCUGAAGACUAUCGCGGAGAGAGCGCGAGAGAGCUGCCUCACACGACUGCACGAGAUACUGACACAGCUCAUAUCUAUAGAGGAAGACUUUAUAAAAGAGGUUACUUACGAGAAGAGUUUGCUCAAACGUAAGGACAGUGUUGAGUUGAAGAACAUAUGCUUGAGAAUGUCUGUUGCAGAAGGUAAUUCUCACUCUAAUAGAGACUUGAGGGAGCUUCGGGACUGUCUUCGACUUAUCGUCGGUAACCUGCUCACACAUGUGCGGGAUGAAAACAAUCUCUCAUCCACCUUGACCGCUCACAGACUGAGAGAGCUGUCUAACUCCUUCCCUGAUAUCUGAAGAUCAAGAGAUUUGUGAAUUCUAAGGAACUACCUCUAGCUCGUAAAUAAGAACUCACUACCUUUCCUUAGAAAAGAAACAAGCCAAAAACAAAUCUGUGAAUCAAUGAAUGUGAAAUAAGUAUGAUGCUCAAAUUCUGAUCGAAGGUGUUGAUCUUCACAAGAAGUGUUUUGCAUUGAAAGCUCUCUAUAUCUUCAGCUUGCUGAGUUGUCUUUCAUGUUUAUUGUUUUGCGUCAGUCACUACUCAAGCCUAAAGAUGACAGAACAACAUUCUCUCGACGCAUGCCAGUAUCAUGAGUCUGUGCUCAGCUGACUGUACAGGUAAAACAAGUCUAAUAGCUGCUGGUGCUGAAUCCACUCUCAACUCCACAGGUGGGAUGACGGUCACACCUCGGGAUGGUCUGGUGUGGCCGCCUUUGUCACCUGCUAAAAAAAGAGUUAAGGAAUGUAUUGGGUGGGGGAGGGGUGUGUUUAAAAUGCGUUUUGUGUUUGUGUAUUAGAAUUAAAGGAUUAUGACAUUACAGUGUAAUUAUGUUCCAAAUAAAAUCAUUUUCAGUGUUACAACAAA